AUGUCCACUGAAUCAGCACCGAAGCGCCGUCGCGUAACUCGCUCGCCGUCCCCAGAGAAAUACUAUAACCUAGACGAAUCGUACGAGCCUUACGUUCCUAUCGCGCAGCGGCGCCAGGCUAAACUUGCCAAACUCUCAUCUUUGGGCGCCGCCUCAGACAAAGAGAAAGCCAAACGGGCGCAAGAAGAGGCGGACGAGCGUGCGGAUGAAGAAAGGGAGGAGGAACUGCGGAAGGAGAAGGCGAGGAGGGAGCGGACGUUGCUGAUGGAGGCGCAGGAGGUGCACAAUCGGAAGGCGGCAGAAGAUGCGCAGAAAACGGAGGUUGAGAAGGCGGAGGAGAAGGAUGCUGAGAUUCUAGCGGCAAUUGCUGCUCGUCGGAAACUGGCUUCUGAUCUCGAGCUGGCCAAGGGUAUCCAGUAUACAGAACCUCUGAAGACAUCAUGGCGUCCUCCAAAGUAUAUCCGAGAAAGACCAGAUGAAGAGAAUCGACGGCUCCGAGAGAAAUAUCACAUUGUUGUUGAGGGGGAGGAUGUUCCUCCGCCCAUUGAACACUUUCAGGAUAUGAAGAUUCCUGAUGCCUUGCUCAAGUUCCUGAAGUCCAAGCGAAUAUCCAUGCCCACUCCCAUCCAAUUACAAGGCAUUCCAGUAGCGUUCUCCGGACGUGACAUGAUCGGCAUUGCCUUCACUGGCUCUGGCAAGACCUUAGCUUUCUGUCUUCCACUCAUCAUGUUUGCCUGUGAGGAAGAGGCCAAGUUACCCCUCGUCAAAGGGGAAGGUCCGGUCGGCGUCAUCCUGUGUCCAUCCCGAGAACUGGCUUCGCAGACGUACGAGAAUAUCUUGCAGUGGACAGACGCGCUUUCGCGGGAAGGGAAGUACCCGCGGCUCAAUACUCUCCUGUGUAUAGGAGGAAUAUCCAUGAGCGAGCAGAGUCACGUCCUGAACAACGGGCUGCAUAUUGUGGUAGCGACACCCGGUCGACUCAUCGACAUGUUGGAGAAGAAGCGGUUCACUUUCAACAACUGCAAAUAUCUCUGCAUGGACGAGGCAGAUCGCAUGAUCGACCUCGGUUUCGAAGACGAUGUCCGGAAUAUCAUGAGCUUUUUCAAGCGGCAAAGACAGACGUUGUUGUUUUCUGCGACCAUGCCUAGAAAGAUCCAAGACUUUGCGCAGCAGUCUCUGAUCAAACCUGUCUUGGUGAACGUGGGACGUGCGGGUGCAGCGAAUUUGGACGUGUUGCAGGUUGUGGAAUAUGUCAAGCAGGAAGCGAAGAUGGUUUAUCUUCUGGAGUGCCUGCAGAAGACUGCCCCUCCGGUGAUCGUUUUCAGUGACAACAAGAAUGAGGUUGAUGAUAUUCAGGAGUAUCUGCUAUUGAAGGGUGUUGAAGCAGUGGCUAUUCACGGGUCUAAAUCCCAGGAAGAACGGCAGUAUGCCAUCAAGGCGUUCAAGUCUGGGGCAAAGGACGUCAUGGUCGCCUCAGGCGUCGCUUCCAAGGGUCUUGAUUUCAAUGACAUCCAGCAUGUCAUCAUUUUCUCUAUGCCAAAGGAAAUCGAAGACUACGUCCAUCAGAUCGGACGUACGGGACGUAGUGGAAAGACUGGGAUAGCGACGACAUUCGUCAACAUGAAUACCCCGGAGCAAACGCUGCUGGAUCUGAAAUACCUGCUGAUGGAGGCUGGGCAAAAAGUUCCCCCCUUCCUGCUGACCAUCGACGACCCUCGUGCGGUCCAAGGAGGGUCCCUGAAGGGCUGCCCGGUCUGCGGAGGUCUGGGCCACAGCAUCUCCAACUGCCCGAAGCUGGAGGACACGCAGCGGCGGCAGAUGGCGUCGCACAGAUCGAACGUCGAUACUGGCGGCUACUGA